GGCGAGGAGGUGAGGAGGGGAAAUGAGAGGUAUAGAGGUGAUACAGAACAGAGAGGAGCAUAUUAUGGGAUGUUUUCAUUUCUAAUAUGAAUCACGGUUAGUGUAUUUGUCCCGCAGUGUGGACAGGUAUUACACAGCAAGAGAGCAGAUAACCACGUUGUUAACAACAAAAACACAGUAAGUAAACAACAACAACAGCAAGAGAUCAGUACGGCAAGGUAAACAAAGACUCAGUUGCAGUUUAGAGAAGAGUGCUGUUUACAGAUUACACAUAGAGAGUGUUGUUGUUUACAGGCAGUGUUUAUCCGGGGUAAACAGAGCAGGAUGCUUUAGUAAAUAAAGUAUAAUAUAACGUUUUUAUACUCGAAGUGUAGUUACACCCUCCCACCGCAGGGGCAGUGCAGGCCAGUCUGAGAGCCAACAGAGAGAGAGAGAGGAAAAAGCAGGCAGUAAUAAUCAAACAUCGAUCCGCUGCUCCCAAACACACCGGAGAACCUGAGGAGCAGGAGAACCGGCUGACUAGCAGCUGAUUACCGGCUGAUUACCGGCUGAUUACCGGCUGCAGGAUGCUCCGUUUAACGGGGGUGUAGUGACGUCACCAGGUAUGCUGCAGCUCCCCCUGCUGGUCACUGCUCAGGUGGACCUGGUCCUGCUUGUCAUCACUCUGCUCUCCAUGUGGAGCCGCCUGAGCCACCUGAGCUACCCCAACGCUGUGGUGUUCGAUGAGGUGUAUUACGGGCAGUUUGUUUCUCUCUACAUGAAGAGGGUUUUCUUCAUCGAUGAUAGCGGGCCGCCGCUCGGUCACAUGAUCCUCGCCCUCGGAGCGUACUUCGGAGGUUUCGAUGGAAACUUUGUGUGGAACAGAAUCGGCGCAGAGUACCCCAGCAAUGUGAGUGUGUGCUUCCUGCGGCUGUGUCCCGCUGUGUGUGGCUCUCUCUCUGUUCCUCUGGUCUACCUGCUCACUCUGGAGCUUCGGUUCUCUCACCUGUCUGCUCUGGGAGCUGCUCUGCUGCUGCUGCUGGAGAACUCUCUGAUCGUGCAGUCACGCUUCAUGUUGCUGGAGUCGGUCCUCAUCUUCUUCGUCCUGCUGGCCUUCUUCUCCUACCUGAGGUUCCACAACAACACACAAAGCUGGUUCAGGUUCUGCUGGCUGUUUCUCUCUGGAGCUUCCUGUGCUGCAGCUGUGGGGGUGAAGUACAUGGGGGUGUUCUCCUACCUGCUGCUGCUGGGCGUGGCCUCGCUGCACACCUGGGACCUGAUUGGAGAUCGGACCAUCAGUCAUCUCAGGGUGUGUGUGCAGUGUGUGUGUCGUGCUGUGUGUCUGUUGGUGGUUCCUGUUCUUCUCUAUGUGUUCUGGUUCUACGUCCACCUGACGCUCCUGAACCGCAGCGGACCCCAUGAUCAGCUGAUGAGCUCCUCCUUCCAGGCCAGUCUGGAGGGCGGUCUCUCCAGGAUCACCAAAGGUCAGCCUCUGGAAGUGGCUUAUGGCAGUCAGGUGACUUUAAGAAGCUCCUCCUCCCAGCCAAUCCCCUGCUGGCUCCAUUCACACAAAGCCAACUACCCAAUCAGGUAUGAGAGUGGGCGGGGCAGCUCUCACCAGCAGCAGGUCACAUGUUACCCUUUCAAAGACGUCAACAACUGGUGGAUCAUCAAGGAGCCCGGCAGACAGCAGCUAGUUGUAAGCAGUCCUCCUCGCCCUGUCCGUCACGGUGAUGUCAUCCAGCUGGUUCACGGGAUGACAUCACGCUUCCUCAACAGUCAUGAUGUUGCAGCUCCCAUGAGCCCUCACUCUCAGGAGGUGUCGGGUUACAUCGACUUCAACGUGUCUAUGCCGGCACAGAACCUGUGGAGAGUG